UGAAAGUAUUCUCUAGCAACUUUUCGUGUGACUACUGUCUUUUCAAAAACAACCCAGCUAGUGUACUAUAAACAUAAGAUUACCUGAUUUUUCCUCUUUGAGAAUGGCAUCGUCUACAAUGAUCACCGUCCCCACCACCGCCUCCCGCUUUGCCCUGCUCCAGAUAGACUCGGAUUCGGACUCCGACGCCUCCGACGCGGGGAAGACCACCACCAGAACCGGACGGGACGGGAAGCCUCGACCAGGGAAGGCAGGAGCAGCCGGGGGCAAAGCGGCUCAGUGCAACGACAAGAAGAAGGACAAGAAGAAGAAGAAGAGGGAACAGCAGCAGAGUGAGGCAAACGAGUUACGCAAUCUGGCCUUCAAGAAGAUUCCUCAGAAGUCUUCUGCGCCGCCUCCCUGCAUGACACUGUCCGGGAUAGCCGGUGAACUUCUCAGUCCUGCUGCAGGGGACCACAAAAUGCCUGCAGAGGGGUGGCAGCAGUGGAAGCAGAGGGAUGAGCAGGUCAGGAGCGACAACAAAUGUAUAACCUCUGAGCUUUAUGAGGCUGACUUGGAAAAGGCUUUGAUUCUAAGUCAAAUGGAUUUUGAACAAAACAAACCGCCCAAAGACACAAACGCAUCUUCGCCAAAGUCUCGAGGAGGAAAAGAGGUCGGAGGGAAGAAGGACAAAAAGAAGAAUCAGCAGGCAAAGGACAAAAAGACCGUUUCACUGCAGGACUUCCAGGCUGAGGGCAGUGCAGAACAUUUGAGUAAGAAACAAGAGAAAGAGGACGCCAGAGUGGCUAACGUAGCGCUCGGACUCGGGCAGGAGGAGCGUUUUUUCAACAAGCUCGAGGAUGACGUCACUCGGAUUGUCCAACAGGAGAAGAGACGUGAGCAGUUCACCAACAGCCACGGACAGGAAGUCGUCAUCACGACGGAACACGAACCGGAUCCCCGAGCAGAGCAGCUGAAGUACGAUCUGGAGAAGAAAGAUGAGGAAAUCGAUAAACUAAAGAAGAACAUUUCGCAGUGGGAGGGGAAAUACAAAGAGGUGAAAGCAAGAAAUUCCCAGCUGCUUAAGAUGCUCCAACAGGGAGAGAUGAAAGACAAAGCAGAACUCCUUCUACAGGUAGAAGAGCUACUACACAUAAAAGAAGAACUGUCAUUACAGGUAGCAUCACUACACGGUGCCCUUGAACAAGAAAGGUCUAAAGUCAAAGGUCUGCUGUCAGAACAACCAAAACAUCAGGGAAACAGGAAAGGGAAGAAAGGCCCAGAGAUGGAUCUAUGAAGGUCCCAACUGGCCUUACAAGUCAAAUGAAAUAAACAAAUUAAGAAAAGCACUGCUGAUCAUAAUCAGGGUUCUCUUACCUUGUUCUUUUUUUUUUUAGCCUGGACUCCAUGUCAGCAUAUAAUGCAUGCCCCCCCUAAUUACACACACACACACACACAGAGAAUACACUCCAGAGGCAGCAGGAUGCAUUACACAGCUGAACAAGAAUUGCAGAUGCUUUUAAAACUGAUUUAAGUUUAAACCUUGUGUUAAAAUGGUGGCCUGGCAGUUGGCACGCGGUGCUGCCCCCUGCAGGCACAGGCAUCUUUCUGUUGGGUGUUGAAUGCCAAAAUGUUUGGUUUGUUCUUUCUUUUUUUUUUUCCUCACUGUUGAGUAAAUAAAAUACUUUUUCAGUGAAAAAACAAUUGUCCUUUUUUUUGUAUAAUGUCAGAAAUCUAAAGAGUUAAAUGCUAAUCUAAGAACGUUGAGCUGAACUACAGAUACCCAUAGUGUUACCACGUUGGAGGCAUUUAAAGUAGCCUGUAUACGUGUUUUGACGCUGUGAGAAGAUGUCUUUAAUGUGAAAGGGAAUUUUAAGAGCGUAAUCGAUUCUUAUUACUGAUUUUUUUAUGUGCUAUAUCUUUAAAUUGACUCCGGUUUCAUAAUUCUUCGGCAUGAAUUAAUUUAAGCAGAUUACUCGCAGAGACACCCAUGUAAGGAACUGUACAUUAUUAAAGGUACUGAAGAUUAUAAAGAGUUGUUUACACCACCCUGCGCAGUCGGU